AUGAAUCUCCGCGCCAUACACCUCGGGAUGUGGAAGAAGCGUUCAAAGUCCAUCAUGCCCCAAGUCACAGUCGGGCUGGUAGCUGCCUUCCUUCUCUUCAACAUCUUCGAAAAUGCCCAACCCCCUCCAAAAUCACAGGCACAGGAGGGCACCUUGGUAGAGUCCAACAGCUCAUGGGACCAAAACACCGUCCAGGGACGAGCCAACCGCAUGAAAGAACCCCCCGCCACGCAGGACGGACCCCCCCACCUCAUGGUGCACAGGAUGACAGCCGGCCGCCCCCCUGACACAUACAUGUGGCAGACCGCUUUCGCCUCCGACUUCCACGGGAACCGUGUCGUCAUCCUCACGGAUGCAACCACCGCAUUCCAACACGCGGGUUCCCCCGGCGCUGAGUUCGUGGACAUGGAUGCCCUCGUCGAAAGGCAGGCGGAAGUCUUCGAGAUGCUCCGAACCUUCAGGCAGUCCUAUAAGCCAUGGGGGCUCAAGGAGCCAUGGGAGCGGGAGAACAUCGAGAGGUUCUUCUACAUCGCUGCAUUCGCCCUCGACCGCCAUCUCCAAAGGGUCUUCUACACCGACACCGACGUGGCGCUCCUCACCCGUGUCAGCGACCUGAAACUGCCCAAGUCUUGCGACUACCUCGUCAGCAUCCCCAAGCAAACAUUCGAGAGCUACUUCUGGGUGGUCUGGGCCGGGACUGCGCUGCUCGAUCAGCAGGUCCUCAUGCAAUUCCUCCGCUUCGUCCUCCGAAUCUAUAGCAGCCCCCAGGUCAUGGCGCUCUUGACAACCAAGGAGCGGAUCGCCCCGUACGUCUGCGACAUGUCCCUCUGGUUCCUCUUCGCCAUCUCCGCAGACCCAGGGCUCGCCUCGCUCGUCUCGUCCCCCGCCUCACUGCCGCUCCCCAAGCCCGCCAACCGAUCCAGGGCCUGUGACCUGGUAGCCCUCGGGUUCGACCACAUGCAUGCACACACGCGCAAGGGGUUCGUGCUCGACCGGGAUACAUUGACGGCCUGGGAUUCCGAGCAAAAGGAGAGGAAGAGGAUCAAAAGCGUUCACUUCCAAGGUAGCGCCAAAGGCUUUGCAUCGGUCCUCGUCGAGGCCAAACCCACACAGUUUCACGCCUUCAGGUCUGUGUUGGCCAAACGGCAGAGAUUUUGA